AUGGACGAGCUGAUCGCUGGGCUCAGCAGCACGGGUAUUGGCUGUUCAAUCGGGGGUACCAUGUUGAAUAACAUAAGCUACGCGGACGAUAUGGUGCUGCUGUGCCCGUCGAUCAGUGCGCUCGUGAAACUACUGAGGGUCUGUGAGGAGUACGCGGUGGCCCAUGGCCUAAGGUACAAUACGAGUAAGAGCGAGUUACUAGUAUUUAAGGCUGGUAACAAAACCCUCGUCUCUGUCCCUCCAGUACAUCUAUGUGGAUCUCCUCUUAAUAGAGUGACUCGUUUUAAAUACCUUGGGCAUUGGGUCACCGAGUGUCUCCGUGAUGAUAUGGACAUGGAGAGGGAGCGCAGGGCGUUGGCCGUGCGCUUAUGCAAACGCGCGACUGCAUCGAAGUGUAUGCAGUCGGGCGCUUGCAUCGCUGCUUAA